AAUGGUGCCAUGGGGUGGCAAGUCCCCAUACAUCGUAGUCCGAUAGUUUCACUGCGUCAUAAUAUAAGUGCUUUACAAUGUGCACAACUGCCACCGAUUUGGCAACCAAAGUGUUAUACGUGACUGUGACCAACUAGAUUUUGUUAACUAUACAGUAUACACUGCCCUCAACUGUAUUUACCAAAUUAUGAAAGUUAGUUUGGCAACAAAAUGUACAGAUUCCUUUCUGUCUGUUUCUUUGCAAAUCAAACUGCUGUAGCAUUUGUACAUGAAUAUUUUAGUUAAUUUUGGUUCAUGAUCUCCUGUUCCAGAACCUCGUGACUCAGAACCCUUGUCUAACCCCAAACCCAACUCUUACCCCAACGCGACGCUCACUGCACCAUGACCACAACCCCUUUUAAUUUACUGAGGCAUAACAUCCAGGUAGGAAGAUGGUCAUCGUUCACAAUUCAAACAAGUAACUUAACAAUUACUUGAAUCAUUAGUAGAGGGCAACUCUGAACAGUUAUGGCUACAUUUCAAGAUUUUAUCUUUGAAAACGAGGAACGAGACGGUAUCAGAUUCAGCUGGAAUGUUUGGCCUUCCAAUCGUCUGGAAGCAACUCGAAUGGUUGUUCCACUUGGUUGUACCUAUACACCAUUGAAAGAGCGUCUUGACCUCCCUGAGUUGUGCUAUGAGCCUGUGUUGUGUUCUCGUGCUAGCUGCAAGGCUGUCCUGAAUCCUCUGUGCCAAGUGGAUUACAGAGCCAAGCUGUGGGUGUGUAACUUCUGUCUACAGAGAAACCCAUUCCCUCCUCAUUACCAGGGUAUCACUGAACAACACCAACCUGCGGAGCUCAUCCCUAAUUUCAGUACGAUCGAGUACACCGUUAACAGAGGUGCACCCACUCCCCUGAUCUAUUUGUUUGUAGUCGAUACUUGUGUUGAAGAGGAAGACUUACAAGCUCUGAAGGAAACCCUGCAAAUGUCCCUGUCUCUGAUACCACAAAACGCACUAGUGGGCCUCAUCUCCUUCGGUAAAAUGGUCCUGGUCCACGAGCUUGGAGCGGAGGGUAUCAGCAAGGCGUUCGUUUUCAAAGGAAGCAAAGAACUGAACGGCAAACAAAUACAGGAGUUCCUGAACCUGACUCCUGGAGCGCACGCUGCAAAUACCUCAAACAAGUUCCUGCAGCCCCUUGCCAAGUGUGACAUGAGUAUCAGUGACCUGAUCGAGGAGCUACAACCUGACCCCUGGCCAGUGGCCACUGGUAAGAGACCUCUCAGAUCUGUGGGUGUGGCUCUGUCCAUUGCUGUGGGCAUACUAGAGUCUGUGUACCCUAACUGUGGGGCUAGAGUCAUGUUGUUCCUAGGAGGACCCGGCACUCAGGGCCCUGGAAUGAUUGUUGGGGAAGACCUGAAAGAAGCUAUCCGUUCCCAUCACGACAUCGACAAGAACGAUGCACCCUACCUGAAGAAAGCAUCCCGAUUCUACGAGGGACUAGCCCAGCGCGCUGCUAAGAACGGUCACACUAUCGAUAUUUUCUCCGCAGCCCUUCAUCAGACUGGACUUCAUGAGAUGCGGCAUCUUACCAUGCAGACUGGUGGACACAUGGUGCUAGCAGAUGCAUUUGCAACGACACUCUUCAAGCAAUCCUACCAAAUGUUGUUUGCUAAAAACGACAAAGGCGAGCACAAAAUGGGUUUCAACAUAAAUGUUGAGGUUAAGACGACCCGAGAACUGAAGGUUGCCGGAGCUCUAGGUCCUUGUUUCUCUCUGCAACGCAAGACUCCUAAUGUUUCUGAUACGGAGAUAGGUAUUGGGGGAACAAACGCUUGGCAGUUGUGUUCAGGAGACCCGACCACGACUCUGGCUAUAUUCUUUGAGGUGUCCUCCCAACAGGGACAGCCACCAGCAGGGGGCCGGGGAGCGGUACAGUUCAUAUCUCAGUACCAGCACAUUAACGGCACCAAGAGGAUCAGGGUCACCACACUUGCUAGACACUGGGCUGAUCCGAUAGCCAACAUCCAGCAUGUAGCUGCAGGAUUUGAUCAGGAGCUGAGUGCGGCGCUGAUGGCACGUAUCGCUGUUAACCGUAACGAAACAGAUAACGACGGGCCGGAUGUAUUGCGCUGGCUGGACAGAAUGCUGAUAAGACUCUGCCAAAAGUUCGGGGAUUUCCAAAAAGAGGACUCUAAUUCCUUCAAGUUUCCUGAUAACUUCACUCUUUAUCCACAGUUCAUGUUCCACUUAAGGAGAUCUAUGUUCUUGCAAGUGUUCAACAACAGUCCGGACGAAACCGCUUACUACAGACACAAACUAAUGAAAGAGGACGUCAGCAAUUCGAUGAUUAUGAUACAGCCUUAUCUGUACUCCUACUCCUUUAGUGGACCCCCUGAGCCGGUGUUACUGGAUUCCGUGAGCAUAGUUCCUGACAGAAUCCUAUUGAUGGACACAUUCUUCCACAUAGUCAUAUACCACGGAGAUACGAUAGCCAAAUGGAUCGAAAAGAAAUAUCACGAGGAUCCAAGUCACGAAAACUUUAGACAACUACUUCAGGCACCUAUUGAUGAUGCACAAGAAAUCCUAGCAACCAGGUUCCCGAUGCCGCGUUAUGUGAACUGUGUCCAUGGUGACAGUCAAUCGAGAUUCUUAUUCGCUAAGGUGAACCCGAGCCAGACUCAUAACACGAUGUAUGGUUAUUCUCAAGAGGGAGCCGGGGCUAGUGUUCUUACAGAGGACGUCAGUCUGCAAGUCUUCAUGGAGCAUCUUAAAAAACUGGCAGUAGCAAACACUUCUUAGUCAAACUCAGAAUAUCGAAUGGGAAAUGGGGUCGUCGGGAGGUCACCCGACCGAGAGUUAAUUAAAUUAUGUGUCUUUAAAAUAUCCACCAACGUCGUCUGAUUUUGUUAACCAACCAUUUAAUAUUGUCAAAAUAUACUUUAUUCCACUUCAGUUUAUUUUCGAUUUGCCAUUUUGGGCGGCUAAAGUAUUUAAUAAAGCCUUGUUAGCAGUUUUUGUGUUUAGAUAUGAUAUAAUUUUGCUCCCUGUUUUAAUGGAAAUGAUGUUUUAUAUUGAAUUAGUUAGUUUUUCAUGAGUUUCUGACGUUGAAAAUAGAUUUAUUCGGAAUUGAUAGUUGCAUUGUUGAUCAAUAAAACAAGUAGUUUCUUUUUUAAUAA